AUGGAACGUAAAGGUUGUGAUUUAACAAGCGAAGAACAAAAGGCUCGAGUUAAGAAGUACAAUGACGGUCGAAGAAAAGGAAUGAAAUCUUUCGGACUAUUUGCUAGUCGUGCGGAUAACUCAGGAGACGGAAAAGUUCUGAACUUGGUCACCUGGGACUUGCAAGCUAGGGAGCGAGGUUACAACGCCUUUGACUAUUAUAAUGCAAACACCCAGCUGAAGCAGGUAAUUGACCAGAUUGCUUCAGGAUUCUUCCGCCCAAGCAACCCCGAAGAGUUCUGUGAUAUCUACAACAACCUUAUGUACCACGAUUGUUUCUUCUGUUUGGCUGAUUAUGACGACUACAUGGCCGCCCAAGAAAGGGUUAACGAGGCCUACAAGGACCAGAGCGUCUGGAUGAAGAUGUGUAUCCACAACAUUGCUUCAUCUGGUAAAUUCUCCAGUGACAGGACUAUCGCCGAAUACGCAUGUGAAAUUUUGGGUGUUGAGCCUACGUGGGAUAAGUUCCCUGCUCCUCACGAGCCUAUUGAGGAAGGCAAAUGAAAUGUUGAAGCGUCUAUUUUGUCACAUUUGCAUAUUAUAGGAGGAAAAGUUUGCAAAACGUGUUCACAGUAAUCAUCACACAAUCAUGUUACAACUCGACUAAUCUUCUGUAAGUGGAAGAGUUGUAACCCGAUUGAAUAAUGUGUGGG